AUGAAAGUAACGCCGAAUAUGAAGAUACACUGUGAUUCCGAUGUGGCAGGCAAAGUGAAGGGCCAGGAAUGCCCUGGUUCGUUCAAGGCAGCCGACCAGCCUCCGGAGCACCAAUGGGCCGCGUCGCAGGGAUCAUCGCAAACAAACGGCAUUUGUUUUUUUUUCGCAUUUGUUUUGUUCAAGCCCACCAGGGGCGGUUGCAGGACUAAUCAAGCCAAUUACGUUAUUAAACGGUUGGCCGAAUUCAGUUCGACCGAGGUCGAGAUUAUUGUGGCAAGCUUCAACACUGACCACAACACCAAACCGCGUAAGCACAAUCCAAACAGUUGGAUUAGUGCAGUAACCACUCGGAUUGAACAGGGCAGUCUCUCGGCGGCCGUCAGACUUGCUUGUUCGCCCGCAGGCCUGGCGGAGAGCUUGCCUGAGACACUCGCUAAACUCAAAGCUAUUCAUCCCAGUGCUCCAUUGAACAGGCGAGCUUUCCCCGCGCAGGAGCCGUCCAAUGGUCGCGUUUCACCAGCCCAGGUGUUGACGGCUUUAAAGUCGUUUAAUAAUGGUUCAUCGGGAGGCCUUGAUGGCUUGAGGCCUCAGCACAUAAAGGAUUUACUUUCCGGUCCGACGCCCACCGAUGAAUUGUUAAAUAACCUCACCCGGUUUGUAAAUUUGCUGUUAUCUGGGGUCUGCCCUCCCGCGGAACCGUCUGGCAUUGCGGCGCACGACGGUAAGCGCCCUGACGGGUGUACCUUGAUCCCUUGGAGAGCCGGCAGGUGCUUGGCGUGGGACGUUACCGUUCCGGGCACCUUUGCUGAGCGCUACGUGCAGCUUACUAGCAAAGAAAGCGGUUUGGCUGCAACCAGGGCAUCUGACGAGAAGAUCAAAAAGUACGACGGAGCUUUCCCCUCGAUGGAGUUUUUACCGAUUUGUAUCGAGGUCCUCAGCCUCAUGAACCGUAACACCUCCAGGUUUUUCAAUCGAAUUUGUAAAAAUAUCAGUAUUAGGUCAGGCAAUAGUAGGGAAUAUUUUUUCGCUAUGAAUAAUAUCUCGUGCAUUCUGCAGCGGUUUUUGCGCGUCUGUGUGUUGGAAAAUGUGGAGUUGAAUGCCGACGGGGUUGAGUGA